CUGGAGUCCAUUCAAAGCAGCAAGCCAAGGCUGAUGGUCACUGCUACAGUAGCUGGUAUAGUCUCCACCAUUGAUUCAGCCUAUGAGAUCCCCCAGCUGUCUCAGUUCUUGGACUACUUCCUUGUUAUGACUUAUAAUCUUCAUGACUAUAAAGAGGGUUUCACUGGAGAAAACAGUCCCUUCUACAAACACCCAUGUGACCGUAACCCCUUCUGCAAUGUGGAUUCCAUCAUGAACUACUGGAAGACAAAUGGGGCUGCAUGUGAGAAGCUUAUUGUUGGAUUCCCAACAUAUGCGCAGACCUUCUCCCUGAUCGACUCCUCUAUCAGUGGAAUUUGUGCUCCAACCUCAAGCCCUGGAACUAAAGGCCCCUAUACACAAGAAAGUGGGAUCCUGGCCUAUUAUGAGAUUUGUACCUUCCUGAAUGAUGGAGCCACUGAGGCCUGGGAUUCUGCCCAGGAAGUACCCUAUGCCUAUCAAGGUAACAAAUUGGUUGGCUAUGAUAAUGUCAAGAGUUUUCACAUCAAAGCCAAAUGGCUUAAACAAAAUAACCUGGAAGGUGCCAUGCUAUGGACCCUUGACAUGGAUGAUUUCACUGUUUUCUGUAACCAGGGCCAAUUCCCUCUGACCUCUACCCUAAAGAAUGCUCUUGAAGUUCACAGUACAAGUUGCAUGGCCUCUGUUUCAGAUCUUCAGCAAGUAAAUGUUCCUCUAUACAGUGAGAAGAGGAACUGGAAGAGAGACUCUGAGGCAGUAGAUUCUGUGUCACCGGUGCCAAGAGAAUAA